AUGGAGUGGAAGACUGAGAUUCGACUGCUUUUGACGGGUCUGGCUUGGCCUGGACCUCUUCAGCAGGGGCUAGAGCCAGCAGACAGUCCGGCCUCCUCAUUUUCAGCAGCAGCAGCUAGAGCCAGCAGGCAGUCCGGCCUCCUGUCAUCAUCAGGACAAGUUAGAGCCAGCUUUGAGCAGUCCGGCCUCCUCACCAUCAGCAGCAGCAGCAUAUUUAGAGCCAGCAGAGCAGUCCGGCCUCCUCAUCAUCAUCAGCAGCAGCAGCUAGACCAGCAAACAGGCCUCCCUCAUCAUCAUCAGCAGCAGCAAGUAGAGCCAGCAGAGCAGUCCGGCCUCCUCACCAUCAGCAGCAGGCAGCUAGAGCCAGCAAACACAGCAGCAGCAGCUAGAGCCAGCAGAGCAGUCCAGCCUCCCUCAUCAUCAGCAGCAGCAGUAGGAGCCAGAGCAGUCCGGCCUCCUCAUCAUCAGCAGCAGCAGCAGCUAGAGCCAGCAGAGCAGUCCGGCCUCCCCCUCUCAGCAUCAGCAGCAGCAGCUAGAGCCAGCCAGUCCGGCCAGCAGAGCAGUCCGGCCUCCUCACCAUCAGCAGCAGCAGCAGCUAGAGCCAGCAGAGCAGUCCGGCCUCCUCAUCAGCAGCAGCAGCAGCUAGAGCCAGCAGAGCAGACUAACCUGGCCGCGUCCUUUUAUUUGGACUACCAAGCUGCGAUCCUGCGCGACACUCCACCCAAGGACGAACUGACUACACCACAGCACUGUCCGCGUCGAUCCUCUCUCUCUGCAAGCGCCGACGCACCCUUUACUCAAGUACAGACAUCCAGGGAUCGACUGGACCUCGGACAUCCCUGUUUCCAUUCGGCCUACCUCCAAGCUGUCGCCUUGAGACCUGACAACACUCCUCCAAGACUACACGACCGAACUACUACAAACGAUUAUCUCGCCGCAACAAGUGGUGACCCUGAUAUUUACGAUCGAGCAAGAUGGCAACUGACGAGGGGAACAGAACACUCUCAUAAAUGUGGCAAUGCCACUCACAAACCUCCCUCCGUACAACGAGCAGAACACCAAGAACUGGUUUUUACAGCUGGAAGCCAUUUUCUCGUUGUCGACGAAGUAGCCGACAUCUUGGAACACGUACCCGAGCAGGAGCCAUAUACUCGCCUCAAGGAGGCUAUUCUGAAACGAACCGGCCGUUCGGACGAGGAACUGCUCCGGAACUUUUACCCACGUCACCAGGGGCGACAGAACACCCUCACAGCUUCUACGCUUCAUGAGGAGCCGACUGGGGAAACAUUCCAUGGCCGAAUCAAUCUUGCGCGAACUGUGGAUGGACAAUUAGCAAACUCCGCUGACCGCAUCGCAACUAAACUGGACCAAGGGAGUGUGUGCGUGCAACGCCCAGACGACACAUCAGCCAAAGAAACAGACCUGGAAAAGGCGGUAGCUGACCUGCAGCAUCAGCUGCAGGAUAUACGAAUGCUCCUUUCCCGCACAUCGAGAGGCCCGAUGCCGGCGACCGGCGGUUGGCGACGGAGAGCACGGAGUACCAGCAGGGGUCGACGAGUCGACCCGGAAUUAUGCUGGUACCAUCACAGAUUCGGCACCAGGGCAAAGAAUUGCUCGGCACCCUGCAAAUACAGCUCAAAACCAAGUCGGAAAACUAAACAACCGGCGGGUAGGAGCGGCAGAACCUCCGGCAAAAACAUACGAAGCCGCCUUUUCUACGCACCCUCUCGACACAACACCACUGGAAUCAGUGUGACAACUUGCCACGGACGAGAGUACAUCGAGAUCCUAAACAGAUACUCGGACCUCAUUCAACCCACUCGCAGGUACCGGUCCGGCAAGACACCAAACACAGCACCAUAUAAAGACCAGUGGACAGCCUACUUUUUCCCACCCCCACGACUUCCUCCUCAUAAGCUGGAAUACGCCCAAAAGGAGACUACCAAGCUGCGAUCCUGCGCGACACUCAACCAAGGACGAACUGACUACACCACAGCCCUAUCACGUCCGCGCGUCGAUCCUCUCUCUGCAAGUACAGACAUCCAGGGAUCGACUGGACCCAGAACAUCGCUGGUUCCAUUCGGCCUACCUCCAAGCUGUCGCCUUGAGACCUGA